AGUGCGAAGUUGUCGUGGUGUUAAGUUGAAGAACGUAUCCAGUUUGUCAGUGUCAAAACAUAUGUCUGUCGUAUAUUAGAAAUUUCCACCUAAUAUUUAAUUUUUAUUUUCCAAAACAAUUGAAUAAAUACUAACAAAAAUCUGUUGUAAUAAACAUUUUUAAGAGAUUUGUUGCAAGUUAUGGAACAUAUUAAAACUCCAAAGGUGGAAACAGUUCGUAUGCUUGACAGAUACUCGAAGACUCCAUCACAAGGAACAUUGUAUUUAACUGCAACCCAUUUAAUUUUUGUAGAACCUGAUGAAAAAAAGGAAACCUGGAUUCUUCAUAUGCACAUAGCUAACUUAGAAAAACUCCCAUUAUCUACAACUGGUUCUCCCCUUUUGAUAAGAACCAAAACAUUUUUAUCUGUUACCUUUGUUAUACCUAAGGAAAGAGACUGUCAUGAUGUAUAUGUUAGUUUACAACAAUUAUCUCAACCAACUAGAAUUGAAGAAUUAUAUUGUUUUUCAUACACACCCCCCAUAGAAGAAAUUCAGAGAUCUGUUGGGUGGAAUUUUCAUGAUUUGCAAUCUGAGUAUCAAAGAAUGGGAGUGCCAAAUGAGCAGUGGAGUAUCACAAAUCUAAAUAUAAACUAUGAGCUAUGUGAUACAUACCCACAACUUCUUUAUGUCCCAAGUAAAGCAAGUACUAAUAUUUUGACAGGCAGCUCAAGGUUCCGCUCAAAAGGGAGAUUACCAGUGUUAUCAUAUUUAUAUAAGAACAAAGCAAGUAUAUGUAGAUGUAGUCAACCCUUGUCGGGAUUUAGUGCAAGAUGUUUGGAAGAUGAAACAAUGCUGAAUCAUGUUCUUAAAACAAAUCCUAAUGCUACAUAUAUUUAUGUAGUAGACACAAGACCAAAGAUCAAUGCUAUGGCGAAUAGAGCAGCAGGUAAAGGAUAUGAAAAUGAAGCUUUCUAUGAAAAUACUAAAUUUCAUUUUCUUGGUAUUGAGAAUAUACAUGUGAUGCGAAAUAGUCUUUCAAAAGUUGUUGAAACAUGUGAACAAAAAAAUCCAACAAUGGCGAGCUUUCUUAGUGGUUUAGAAUCUAGUGGAUGGUUGAGACACAUAAAAUCCAUAUUAGACACUUCGUUGUUUAUAACAGAGGCACUUGUUGAGGGUAUAAGUGUUCUAGUACAUUGCUCAGAUGGUUGGGAUAGAACUGCGCAAGUCUGUUCAUUAGCUUCAAUUCUUUUAGAUCCUUAUUAUAGAACAAUAUCAGGCUAUCAGGCACUGAUUGAAAAAGACUGGUUAUCGUUUGGACAUAAAUUUUCAGAACGAUGUGGGCAUAUACAAACUGAAAAUAAAGAAAACUCACCGAUAUUUACUCAACUUUUGGAUGCUACUUGGCAAUUGAUGCAACAGUUCCCAAUGUCUUUUCAAUUUAACGAGACAUUUUUGUUCACAUUACACGAUCAUGUUCACUCAUGUCAGUUUGGAACUUUUAUUGGAAAUUGUGAAAAAGAAAGAUUAGAUUUAAGAUUGUCAGAAAGAACAUUUUCUCUUUGGGGAUAUAUGGCAAAUCAUCUUAAUGAGUAUAUAAAUCCAUUGUACAGUCUAGAAGAAAGUCCCGAUGUGCUCAUUCCUAACUUGAUACCUCAAAAUAUUAAAUUCUGGAGAAGUAUGUACUGCAGAUUUGAAAGUGGAAUACAUCCUAGAGAACCUCAAGCUGAUUUACUACUAGUUACUUCAGAUUAUGUAUUUUCUUUAGACGAACACGUCAAGUAUUUAACUAAGAGGUUGUCAUCUGUAAAAUCUCUUAUCACAAGAACUGUAGAAAGAAAGAAAAAUAAAUCGAAGCGAGAUCAGUUGUGUAAUAACGUAUAUUUAGAUAACAAGAUGCAAUAUGAGAAAAAUGUAUCCAAAGAAAUGGAAACUGCAGACCAAGACCACCCUCUGAAAUUACAAGAUAAAGUUUCUGCAGAACUUUUAGACAUGGAUCUCCUAGCCAAAGAAGUUGAUUCGGUAGCAAUCGAUUGGAAAGCUUUAAGAAAUACAAACGAGUGCAGUUGCUCUUUAUCAUUAGACCAGUUAAGUAAGAAAAUGCACUGUCGGAAAUGUGGCGACGUAUUUUGCCAACGUUGUAUAACAAAAAAAGUUGCCCUUCCUGGACAUCUGUCCCAGAUACCAGUACCUGUUUGCAAGCCUUGUUUUGACACCGUCACCUCAUCUUCACAGACUUAGCAUAUAGAUUAUAAGUAAAGAUUGGAUUGCGAAAUGAACAAUUCAUUAUGUGAUUAUUUUUUAUUUAGACUGCAUAUUUUGUUAUAAACUUUUCAGUAGGUUUUACAUUUCAGCAGAUAUAACUGUAAUUCUGUUUAUUUGGCAAAAAUGUUUUGUAUUACUAUUUUUUUUUUUCAUUUUUGCUCACAUUUUACUGUAAUGUAAAAAACUGCUCUUGUUAGGAUCAAAAAUUAAAUUUUUAUGUUACAGUGGUUUAAUCACAGAUAGAAAAUUUAAAAUUAGUACAAAAUUAUCAUUGACUUGAAGUUUGGUAUACUAAUAGAGGUAGCUUUUCAUUAUUUAUUAAAUCAACAAAUACAUCAGCAUGCUUUGAUUAUUAAUAUGGUAAAGAAACAGCCCUUUGCAGCAAGCACAGACAGCGAUGCAAAUUUGAAUUAUAAUCAGAUUAUUAACUAAUUGUAAUUUGUAUUCACUUCACUUCACUUUUUUUGUUAAAACAGUAAACUUGUUGUAAUUAUAUAAACUCGUUCUACUGAAUACCUUCUCCAAUCUGUAGAUACCGUAUUUUUGGUAAUUCUAUUAUUAGUCUAAAAGCUAGCUUAAAUCUGACCAAAAAUAUUUUACGGUACCAGAAAUUUCGUCCACUGAAACUCCUAUACUCCAUAAACAAGCAAUGGAUAUAUAUAAUAAUAAACGAACACAUCUACUACUACAAAUAAUAAGGAAAAAAUAUCCAUUAUAACUUACUGCCGAAAAUAUAAGCGAUUUAAUAUCUGUAUAAAAUGUUAUAAGCAAAUAAAAAGGAGUUUUAUACCCAAACCCAAACUUAGGAAAAUUUGGAAUAAGUUCAAUUUCGCUCUCUGGUAUUUUGCUUCCUAUUGUACAAGGUAUUAUAGUUUCCCCUUCUGUUAAAAUCAAAAUAUCGAUUCAAGAAUUUCAAUAGUAUGAGUUAAUAAACAAGGCAUCGUGGCGGGACCCACGAUACAAAUUGAAAAAGUCAAAAUUAUUGAGUAUCAUAAACAGUUUUAUGUUUAACAAAAAAUGUUAUUUUUAAGAAUUUUCUUACUUUACUCUUAUCUACUAUUUUUAAAAGUAGUCAUCUUUCUUGAAAACAUAUUGAAUUUAAUGAAAAAGUUGAGUUUUUUAUAUUUUUAUUGUUUUCAAGUUGAUAUGUUCGGGGUAUUUUGUAGUGAAUAUAUUACUAUAUUCUAACAUGAACCCCUCAUUGGGAAGAGUGUGAAUAUAAAAAUAAAACAAAAAUUAUAUUAUGCAUGUGUAAUCCCAUAGAUUUUCAUUUAUGUUCUUGUUUCUUUAUAUAUAUUUUUUGUACAACUUUGUAUUAAAGUGAAUUGAUUUUUGAACUUUUUUUCAAGGAAUAGUGAUUUUCACAAAUUUAAAUCUGAACUCCUUUCCUAUUUAUUUUUCUAAGCAUUAGUGUAGUUCCUCCUUGGCACUGUUUUUAUUAUUUUAUUAUGUAAAUAUUGCAAUAUAUGUACCAAAAUGUUUA